UAAAACAGGGGAGCCUUGGGGUAAUUACUUUUAAUUUAAAAUCAAAUCAGUGGAUGGAAAUGAAGUCUUUUCAAAGAGCAAUUGGAGUUUGCGUCUUAGAGUGAAUGCUAUUUAAUAGAGUAAUUAACAUGUGCUUUUUAUUCUUAACCUCUGACCUGUGCCCUCCCGCCCCUUUACCUAACCCUUUCCAUUUGCCCUGGUCAGUUAACAGGCAGGAACAUUUGAGAACAAUCAUGGAUGAUUAUGAUAUCAGGUCUGCUGCCAGCAUUUUGGCAUCUGUUAAAGAGCAAGAGGCUCGUUUCGAGCGGCUCACCCGUGCACUUGAAGAAGAGCGACGCAAUGUCUCCUUGCAGCUUGAACGCGCUAAUCAGCCCUCAGAACGAAUGAGCAUGUGCAACAUUGGCAAUGGUCAGCCACUGGCAACCGCGUGGCAGCAACUUGUCCUGCAGGACAUUCAGCAGCAAAGAACUGACCUUUAUUGCUUGGUCUAAAGGAGUAACUCCAUUAGCUGUUAGCAGUUGUAAGUUGUUAUCCUGAUGAUUAGCCACUAGAGG